AUGGACUCGGCGCCAGCCUUCGCCAUGGACAAGCCGUUCGCCCCCAGCGCCGUGCGCGGCCCGGAGCCGCCCGAAAAUCCUCAAAGCCGGAAAAACUUCAGCGUGAGCCACCUCCUCGACCUGGAGGAGGUAGCGGCCGGUAUGAACGGGACCCCCCCGGCCGGUCCCCCACCCGCCGGUGGCGGCAAGGCCAUGCCGGAGCCGUCGGGAGGCAGCAGCGGCAGCGAGGCAGCGCCCCAGGACGGCGAGAGCCUGAGCCCGAGCCGUGGGGCAGCCAAGAGGAAGAAGAAGCAGAGGAGGAACCGCACCACCUUCAACAGCAGCCAGCUGCAGGCUCUGGAGAGGGUCUUUGAGAGGACGCACUACCCCGACGCCUUUGUGCGGGAGGAGCUGGCGAGAAGGGUCAACCUCAGCGAGGCGAGAGUCCAGGUCUGGUUCCAGAACCGAAGGGCCAAGUUUCGCCGUAAUGAGAGGGCGAUGCUGGCCAACAGAUCAGCAUCGCUCCUGAAAUCCUACAGCCAAGAAGCAGCCAUUGAGCAGCCCAUGGCACCGCGGCCCACUGCGCUGACCCCGGAGUAUCUCUCCUGGACCAGCACCUCCCCAUACAGCACUGUGCCCUCCUACAGCUCCAGCGGGACCGCGACGCCCACCCAAGGGGUGAACAUGGCCAACAGCAUCGCCAGCCUGCGCCUCAAAGCCAAAGAGUUCAGCCUCCAUCAGAACCAGGUGCCGACCGUGAACUGACCAGGGCAAAGCCCACCCCGUGGCCUCAUCCAGGAUACAGCGUGGAGCUCCUGUGCCGCUCCAGGACAAACCCGCCGCCCGCCCAACCCACAUGCCACUCAUCCAACGUCUCAGCACCUCUCCUCUCCUCUUCCCUUCUGAAGGUAGAGUCAGUCCCAGGCCGAAGUGGCACAUAAUUAUAGCCACAUAUGGAGCAAACUUGGUUAGAAACUUGCUUUUCCGCACACCCUUAUAAUAAAGGCUAUAUAUACACACACAUACCCCCCACACACUCUUCGAGGACAAACAGACUUGCCAAGGGAACAAGAAUUUGCUUCCAAACAUGGAAGGAUCUUGGACUAUUGAAUUUGACCAAUUUGGGUAUCUCACCCAGAAAGCCAAAGAGUUAUUGGGUCUUCUCCUCCCGCAGGGACAGCAUGCAGCAGUGGGAGAAUCGCGAGCCCCCCUUUCUGCUGGGCUGCAACUCGCGGCACUCAACCGCGCGUGCCGAAGCUGAUCCGCGUGUUCGCCUCUUUGUGCAUCCCCAGCCACGGUGCUUGGGAGAGACUUUGGGAAGCUGACGGCUCGCCCCUCCCGCGGCCGGUCCCGGCCAGCCCCCUGCACCAUGCUGCCUGCAUUUAGGAGCUGCCUAUGUCGAUAGCAUCAGGCUUUGUCCCUUCCCAGAGGGGCAAGGAGGGCUGAAGCAUCUUGACAGACUCGCUCGGAGCCUGUGAGCUCUCUCGCGAGCUGGGGGGAGCAUCGCCUGUCCCCAAGCAGGCACCGCUGCCCUGCCUCGGUGGGUUUGCCAGCAAUUCUGCAGAGCCCCAGGUCAUUGAACCAUCCCAGGGAAAGAGAAAAUUGGAAAAAGCUGUUGGGUUUCAGCUGAGUAGGCGGCUCCCAGCACUUCGUGCCAACGGCAAAGCAGGCUUCGCCUUCCGGAGGCACAGCCUCCCCGUCGGCAGCUCCGCAGAUGUGUGCGGGGGUCUGGGGCUGGCGACUCCAUGGGGGUGGGCUUUUUUGGUUUUGCAGAAAGGAAAUCGUUUCCCCCUCGUCCCACCCUGCCGCGCAGCCUAAUGAGGUUGCAAGGUGGGAUGUGCAGGGGGAGGGACACAGGGUGGGCAACCUUGCCCCAGGCUUACACCACCCCAGUCCUUUGCCUGUGGGACUGAGCCACAGAGAGACGCACCCUCCACCUUCCCCUGCCUAUACCGCAGCAAUGGGGGACGAGCCAGAGUGAUGAAGGUUUUACCGUGUGGACAAAGCCCUCUGGAAACCAGACCACCCUUUCCUCACCCACUGCAAAGAGCCACCAGCCAAGCGUGGGGACACCACCAGCUCAGACGAGUGGCCUGGACAGAGAAUGCACCAGCCCUACUUGCCUAGAAGGGCUUAGCCCCGCUGGGGACUGUAGCAGUAGAUCUGAGGAGGAAUACAGCAAUUGCUAAGGUGCUUCCUCCAGAUAAACAUCCUCUGGUGUGUGACACCAAGGCUGAAGGUGUCCCAACUACACAUGUGCCCACCCGAGUCCCCACCGCUCCCAGGAGCAUCCUCUCCCUUUCCCACUGCGGCUCUCACUGCAGCCGCACGUUGUACCCAGCGGCUGCGACACCAGGACCCUCAGCUUCACCCCAGGCAGCGCCUGCCCGAGGGGACUCACCCAGCACCCGGAGCUGGAGACCUGAUGGGAGAACCAGGAGAGGAGCACAUCUCCUCUGGUUGGAGGUGAACUGGCCCCUCCAUCCUGCCCCCAGCCCCGACUUUCUCUGCUCCACCCAAUGCAGCCCCCCAGUUGGGAACAGCCGCCGCCUCCUCCUCCUCCUCAAGCAUGGCAGGCAGGGAGGGGGCACAGCCUGACCGACACUGCCCACCUCAUCCAGGGAGCAAAGUCACCCUAAAGACCCACCACCCUCUGCCCCCCACCCCUAUUUCCAGGGCUGGUAUCCCCCCCCACUUGCCAUGUCAGAAGGGGAGCACACAGCUCCCCAGACCACAGCGAGACACCGCACAGAGACCUGACAAAAGUCGAGACAUGCCAGGCCAGGGGGGGAGAUGGAUCCACUGCGGAUCAAAUCAUCCGCCAUGAGACAUGCCG